UGGUGCAGAGAAUGGUUCAAGCGAGUGAUCGGUGCGGGUAAACUUCCGAGUCUCUGGAAGAAGGUGAACGUUUUCAAGCUUCCCUCUCCGGUCUCUCUUAAAGCGCACAGUUCCCGUGAAUGUAGAAGAUCGCCAGGAUCCCCCAGAUCGCGAAAUGUGGGAAUGGAGGGCGCAAACUUUGACUCGCCAUCGCUACGAGGAGUAUGAAGUUUGCCAGACAGCGUCUACUUUGCUGAGGAUUAAAGUGGCCGUUUGGUGGAAGCUAAGACAGUGUGUGAUUAUACUAGCCCAGUCCCAUCCACAACAUGGCCUCGGCUGUUAACAUUGCGGAGCGCCGAAGGACAGAGGAGGACCAUGUUCAGCAAAACAGGAGGAGGAGAAGGAGAAACCUGCGGCAUCCGACAGCGGUUUUAGAUUAUCUGGAACGGCCGAGCUAUUGCGAUGCUGCCUUUGCGCUGGAUCAGAUCUCAAAGGGAAAGGCUACUGGAAGGAAAGCACCGCUGUGGCUUCGAGCUAAGUUUCAAAAACUGUUGUUUAAACUGGGCUGUUACAUUCAAAAGAACUGUGGAAAGUUCUUCGUUGUGGGCCUGCUGAUAUUUGGGGCUUUCGCAGUGGGAUUAAGGGCUGCUAAUCUAGAAACCGAUGUCGAGGAGCUGUGGGUAGAAGUUGGUGGUAGAGUGAGUCAAGAAUUAUCAUACACACGACAGAAGAUAGGGGAGGAAGCCAUGUUCAAUCCUCAGAUCAUGAUUCAAACAACUCCUGAGGAAGGUGCUAGUGUUCUAACAGUUGAAGCACUGCAGCAGCACCUUAACUCUGCAUUUAAUGCCAGCAGAGUGCAAGUUUAUUUGUACAACAAACAAUGGACCUUAGACAACUUAUGUUAUAAAUCAGGAGCACUUGUAACAGAAACUGGUUGGAUGGAUCAGCUUAUUGAAAAAUUGUAUCCCUGUGUAAUAAUCACACCCUUGGAUUGUUUCUGGGAAGGUGCUAAGUUACAGUUGGGAACAGUCUACCUGCCAGGCAAACUGCAGUUGCAGUGGACAAAUCUUGACCCCUUAGAAUUCCUGGAUGAGUUGAAGAACCUAAAGUAUGAGGUGGAUGGUUGGGAGGAGAUGCUGAACAAGGCUGGGGUUGGACAUGGUUACAUGGAUCGCCCAUGCCUGAACCCUGCAGAUCCAGAGUGUCCACAUACUGCCCCUAAUAAAAACUCAACAACACCUCUUGAUAUUGCCCGAGUGUUAAGUGGUGGUUGCCAGGGACUGUCCAAAAAGUACAUGCAUUGGCAAGAGGAGCUAAUUUUAGGAGGUACCACAAAGAACAACAGCGGAAAACUACACAGUGCCCGGGCUUUCCAGACCAUGUUUCAGUUAAUGACCCCCAAGCAGAUGUAUGAGCACUUCAAGGAUUAUUACUACGUUUCGGAUAUCAACUGGAAUCCGGACAAAGCUGCAGCCAUUCUAGAGGCCUGGCAAAGGAAAUAUGUUGAGGUUGUCCAUCAAAGUGUUGCACAGAAUUCAACCCAGAAGGUUCUUUCAUUCUCUACUACUACCCUAGAGGACAUCCUCAAGUCAUUUUCCAAUGUCAGUGUUAUACGUGUGGCUGGUGGCUAUCUUCUAAUGCUUGCCUAUGCCUGUUUAACCAUGUUACGGUGGGACUCCGCCAAGUCCCAGGGUGCUGUGGGGCUGGCAGGCGUCUUGUUGGUUGCACUGUCCGUGGCUGCAGGAUUGGGCCUGUGUUCUUUGAUUGGAAUUUCCUUUAAUGCUGCAACAACUCAGGUUUUGCCUUUUCUUGCCCUUGGUGUAGGAGUGGACGACGUUUUCCUUUUGGCACAUGCAUUCAGUGAAACAGGACAUAAUAAAAAGAUUCCAUUUGAGGACCGAACAGGCGAAUGUCUAAAGAGAACUGGAGCAAGUGUGGCCCUCACCUCCAUUAGCAAUGUGACUGCCUUCUUCAUGGCUGCUUUAAUACCUAUCCCUGCUCUAAGAGCAUUUUCCUUACAAGCUGCUGUUGUUGUGGUAUUUAACUUUGCUAUGGUUCUACUCAUCUUCCCUGCUAUUCUCAGCAUGGACCUCUACCGCAGGGAAGAUAGGAGACUCGACAUCCUCUGCUGUUUUACUAGUCCCUGUGCCAACCGAGUGAUUCAGAUUGAGUCACAAGCAUAUCGAGAUACCAAUGACAACCAUCCUUGCCAACCACCGCCACCUUACAUCAAUCAAAAUUUUACCCACGAAACCCAAAUUACCAUGCAGUCUACUGUCCAGUUACGCACAGAAUACAAUCCUCACACCCAGGCUUAUUAUACAACUGCUGAGCCUCGCUCUGAGAUAUCUGUUCAGCCAGUCACUCCAACCACGCAGGAUUCACUUAGCUCUCAGAGCCCAGAGACUGCUAGUUCAACACGGGAUCUUCUCUCCCAGUUUACAGACCCCAAUAGUAACUGUGUAGAUCCACCCUGCACUAAAUGGACUCUCUCUUCUUUUGCCGAGAAGCAUUAUGCACCACUGUUGCUAAAGCCAACAACAAAGAUUGUGGUCACAUUGCUUUUUUUGGGUUUACUUGGGAUCAGUCUCUAUGGAACUACAACAGUCAAAGAUGGACUGGAUCUUACGGACAUUGUACCUCGUGAUACCCGAGAAUAUGACUUCAUUGCAGCACAGUUUAAAUACUUCUCUUUCUACAAUAUGUACAUUGUAACUAAACAAGAAACAGACUAUCCCAAUGCUCAACACCUGCUGUAUUACCUCCACAAAAGCUUCAGAAAUGUGAAAUUCAUUUUGUUGGAAGAUAAUGGGAAACUUCCAAAUAUGUGGCUGCACUAUUUUCAUGACUGGCUACAAGGUCUACAAGACACUUUUGACAGGGAAUGGCAGGCUGGGAAAAUUACUCACAGCAGUUACAAAAAUGGGUCUGAUGAUGGUGUUCUGGCCUACAAGUUGCUAAUUCAGACUGGCAAUAGGCAUAGACCAACUGACUUAAGUCAGUUGACUAAACAGCGCCUAGUGAAUGCUGAUGGAAUCAUCAACCCAAAUGCUUUUUACAUCUACCUGACUGCCUGGGUCAGUAAUGAUCCUGUGGCCUAUGCUGCCUCUCAAGCCAACAUUCGGCCACACCCUCCAGAAUGGGUGCAUGACAAGGCAGAUGACAGGCCAGAAACUGCGCUCAGAAUUCCAGCAGCUGAGCCCAUUGAAUACGUCCAGUUUCCUUUCUACCUCAAUGGAUUGCGUGAGACUUCAGAUUUUGUGGAGGCUAUUGAGAAAGUCAGAAACAUCUGCAAUAACUUUACUAACCAAGGACUUUCCAGUUAUCCAAACGGAUAUCCAUUUCUUUUUUGGGAACAAUAUGUCGGGCUCCGACAUUGGCUGCUGCUAGCCAUCAGCGUGGUCUUGGCUUGCACUUUUCUGGUGUGUGCUCUUUUCCUCCUGAACCCAUGGACGGCUGGGAUCAUUGUAUUAGUCCUAGCACUGAUGACUGUGGAACUUUUUGGCAUGAUGGGCCUCAUCGGAAUUAAACUGAGUGCAGUUCCUGUAGUGAUCCUCAUUGCCUCUGUCGGAAUAGGGGUGGAAUUCACCGUUCAUGUUGCUCUGGCAUUUUUAACUGCUAUUGGAGACAAGAAUCGGCGGGCAGUUCUUGCACUGGAGCACAUGUUUGCUCCUGUACUAGAUGGGGCCGUUUCAACUCUUCUUGGGGUUCUCAUGCUUGCUGGAUCUGAAUUUGACUUCAUUGUCAGGUAUUUCUUUGCAGUACUGGCUAUUUUAACUGCUCUGGGUGUUCUCAAUGGAUUAGUGCUACUCCCAGUUCUUCUUUCUUACUUUGGACCAUAUCCUGAGGUUUCACCUCUUGAUGGGAGAACCCGGCUGCCUACUCCAUCACCAGAGCCACCACCUCGAGUUGUGAGAUUUGCCGUUCACCCUGAGCAAGGGAAUACUGGAUCUGAUUCUUCAGAUUCUGAAUACAGCUCACAGACUACAGUUUCCGGCAUCAGUGAAGAACUUCAGCAUUAUGAAUCCAAUCCCAGCUCUACUGCAUCAGCCCAUCAGAUCAUGGUGGAAGCAACUGAGAAUCCUGUCUUCCCCAGAUCCACAGUUGUCCAGCCAGAUUACAGAUUCCAUCGACCAAGACCAAGGCCAUCUCCACAACAGGAUAUUAAACAUCAACAAUCCUGGAGGAAUUGUAGGAACCAGAGUUUGGAGGCAAGGGAAGGGAUUCAACCGCCUCCUUGCAGACCACGCAUGGAUGCUUUUGAAACUGCUCAUGAAGGGCAUUCCAGACUAGGCAAUAGAGAUCGUCAAAGUCAUAGAUCCCGUUCUCAUAAGACUAGGAACACAACAGCCACUGGUGCUGCAGCACCAACAUACUGCCAGCCUAUCACUACUGUGACCGCCACAGCCUCAGUUACUGUCGCUGUGCAUCCUCCCAUACACAACCAAAAUGUAUUUGGAGGGUACCCACAUUAUGAGGGGUACAGUGAAACUGAUGAAGGAGCAUUUGUUGAUCCUCAUGUGCCUUUUAAUGCACGUUAUGAAAGAAGGAGCUCAAAGGUGGAAGUUUUAGAGUUGCAGGACGUUGAAUGUGAAACACAGAGCAGUGGGAACAGAACAAAUUAGUAUGGAAGUUAUGAUGCACAGAUGGCCAAAGAUGGUAAAACUCUUCACUUGCAUAGUCCUUGAAACUCCAAGCUAUAAAUACAGGCGAUCCUGAACUGGGAAAACAGUUUACUGCAACUGUUAAUCUAUUGUAUUAUUUGUUAAAUAUUCUCUAAAAUAUUUAAAGGAUGUACACAUAUGUAUUAUACAGAUGUACAAUGUAAAGUAGUAUAAUUUUAGGAGUUGUGAACCUCCUGUGAAUGGAUUGGGAACAAUGUGUGAUCUAUACAUUAUGUACAUUGAUCUGUGUAUCUGUGCCACAUUUACGCUUAAUCUAGUCAUAAAUGUCAGCAUAUGUUGCUGCUGCUUAAAAUAUUGUAUAAUUUACUUGUAUAAUUAUUCUAUGCAAAUAUUGCUCAUGUGAUAGGAUUUUUUUGUAAAGAUACACAUUUUUAAAAAUAUUUUAAUUUUGCAUAUCACAACCCUGUGGUAGUAUAAAAUGUUACUGUUAACUUUCAAGCACGCUAUGCGUGGUUCUUAAAAUGAUCAGAUAUGAAGAAAAGCACGUUAAUCUUUAUGACCUUGUUAGUUAUAGUUGUUUGAUUCUCUUGCUGUGUAUUAUACAGGUCUGUGUUGUUUUAAUUUAACCCUUAGUGUGUGUAUAUUUAUUGAUCCCCUCCAGAUUCUUUGAAUGAUGAACUGUAUCUGAAAUUCUAACUGUCAAACUAACACAGAGACAGUCUUUUUAUAUUUUUUCUUUAUUUAUUGUCAAUCUAAAUAGAAUGCAUUUUUGAAAAUGAUCCACCAUUAAGCUCAGACACUGUUCUCUUUAGCAUAGAUUUUAAUAUUUGUAAAGACAUACAUUCAGCAAUGGAAACUUGUGAUGGGGAGGCUUAAAUCCAAUCUCAACUUUAUUUGUAAAUAUGUAGGGGGAAAAACUGUCUCUUAAUACUGAUUUAUGUUAAUGUUAAACUCAUCUACUGCUACACAUGUUUGGCAUCACUAUAAUCAAAUCAGGUGGACAUGAAAGGAAUGAAUCUUUCAGGAGGAGUCUUAAGUGUAUGCUUUUUACAUAUAUAAACUGUAUUUUAAGGAAAAAACAUAGAGUUCCAACUUCACAACAGAAAAACACUUCAUUGGCUAUAAAGUAGUUUGGGGCAAUCUGAGGUCACGAAAGAUACAAUAUAAGUUCUUUCUUUUCAUUUGAUGUUCCAAAACCCAAAUGAUAUCUGUGACUGAACCACAAUAUUCUGUUAAUGACUAUCCUGAUGCCUUACUAAGCUUUUGCUUUUGUCUUGGUAGUGAAUUGGUUGGUCAUUGUGGGAUGAAAUUGCUUUUGGUGAUAUUUGUAACAAACAGGCAUUCACAUGAAAUUCACCUGUGCAUUAUUUUAAUGCAUUUGUUAACUCAUCUAAACUAAAUGUGUAAUCAAAUGCAUUAAAAUAACACAUGGAGGAACUCCAUGCAACUAUAAUAAGAUGAUAAUUACAAAUAUUUCAGACGGUCAUUUUUAGAUAUUUCUUUUAAUGUUCAAUAUUGAAGGAUUGAGGCAAUUUGACCUUGGCCGUUGCAUAAAACGAGCAAUAUUGGAUCUGCUGCGUGUUUUACACCUCUCCCAAAUAGGAAUAUCAGGAGAGGAGUAUAACAGGUGGUGAUCUGAGAUCGCCCAUUUUGCACUAUCGCCAUAAAUUAAAUUAUGGCCUUUGAAUCUUGUGAUUUAUUUUGGUACUUUGCCACAGUCUUGUUGCUAUUGAAAUUACAGAUGAUGCCAAACAGUGUUGCAUAGCAAAUAGAUUGAGUUAUAUUUUCUGUUUUAAAUGUUAAAAUAAGCUACUGCCAUUAGCACACUAAGGGUUAACCCUAAUUGCCAACUUUCUUUUAUAAAAACAGUUUACUUUCUGGCAUAGAAAUGUGUGUGACAUUAAGCCACAGAUUUCAAUGUGGCACUUGUGGUGGAUUGACUUGAGAUCAUCCAGGAUCCACAACAAAAACUGUAUGGUGUAAAUUGGAACUAACUUCAGAUGCCAUAGCGCUUAUUAGAUUGUGUCAAAAGUUCAGAGUGGCUUCCCAUUGCUACUGCCUUAGCGUCUGUCUGUCACUUCUCACCAGUUAUUUUCUCCCUCUUGUUUAACAGCACAGAUUCUAUCAAAUGCAGAUAUAGAUAUGUGUACUUUCUCCCUUCCGUCCCCCACUGUCUGCUGCUUCUGCACAAUGUAGACAUUUUCUCCUAUCGUCACAUUGGCAAAGGGAGAACUUCUCAGUGGCUGGCAACUAUGUUUUUAAGAAAAAAUGUAUUUUUUGUGAUAUUUAUAUUUUUGUAUCAUAAGAAUGUUUUCUUACAGUAUUUGUAUGCCAGUUUAUAACAAAAAUGCAGGGAUUUUUUUUUCUUCUGUUACAGCUAUGUUUUACUUUGUAAUGGAUUUUAAUCUGUAUAAAGUGCUUACUAAUGUUAAUAACUAAAUAGGAAAGAUAUAUAACAGUUACAUUAAGAACUCGUAGAUUUUAGUAUGAGGAUGCAAAAGGAAAAAUAUUCAAACUGGGUCUCAUCACCUGCCUGUUUUGGCAGAGAUGGGUUUGUGUCAUUUCAGUUACAAAGAUAAAUGUAUGCCAUAUAAUUUAUUUAUAUGAAAAUUUAUUUUUGUAGUGUAUAUAGUAGUCAUCAAGUCUUUUGACAGAAGUAUAUUUUUAAAGAGUUUAUAUGUAAUGAUACCAUUAUGUUGGAUCAUAACUGAGACAGUUACAGUGCACACUUUCAUUGUAACUUACACUUGGAGAAGAUGUUUUACAGUGUUAAAAUGAAAGCAACUAUUCUAAAUGUUACAUAAUUUGGUUCAAAUUUCCAUGGAAUACAUGCCUUGUGUGUUUUAUCCAUAUGCAUCAUGGGACAUGGAAAUUGUUCAAGCUCUCUAAAUAUUAAUGUUCAAACACUGAUAGAAUUUCUAACAAAUAAAAAUAAUAUAACUUAA